AUGUCCUUACUCAGCCGUCUGGCCAGCCUCACGCCCGCCAUGCCACCAGGCGCCGCCCUGGCAGGCACCGUGACGACACCCGCAUCGCUGGGCUUUGUCCCUGUCGCCGUGCACUUCGAUCUCUUCGGGGCGUUGGUUCGUCAUGGGGGCACAGCGAGUGCCGAGGAUAUUGCCCGCGCUGUCAACGGGGAUAUCGAACUGCGCGGGGGAAACGAGCCGCAGAUCUCGGACACGCUCUACAUCAUGGCUGGUCUCGGGCUAGUCGAGCGCGUGCAUGAGGGCUUUUUCACGGCCAACGCUAUUACACGCCACAUGGUCGACAUGCCGUCGGCACAGCAUGGCGCUGUGCACUUCUGCACCGAAGGAAUGAUGGCGGGGGCCUUCCUCAUGAAAAAGCUCCAGGACACCGACUUCGCCUACCCCUUUGCCGAAUGCGAGGGUCCCUUCCAGUACGCCUAUCAGCUCAUGGGCCAGACCGAGCUGGCCCAGCAGCACACGUACUCCAUCAUGGGGACGCAGGGCCGCAUGGACAGCUUCAAUCGGUUCAUGGUCGGUAAGUUUCUCAAAUUCGGGACGUUUCCCGAGCGCAUGGGACGCGCGGGCUAUGAGCUGGGCGCCGCGCUUGGCGUCGACUCCCCGUCCCACACCCGCGCCCACCCCGAAGUUACCAUGGUCGACAUCGGUGGCGGUCGCGGCGAACUGCUCCUCGAAGUGCGCGCGCACUACCCCCAGCUCCAAGCGUCGCAGCUCGUCGUGCAAGAAUUCAACGCCGCCAUCGACGACGUGCCGGGCAUCACCCUGAUGGAGUGGAACUACAAGACCAGCGCCGCGCAGCCCAUCCGCGGCGCCCGCGUCUACAGCCUCCAGCACAUCCUGCAUAACCUGCCGGACUUGGACGCCGUGGCCCUGGUGCAGAAGCUGGCGGCGGCGAUGGGGCCGGAAUCGCGGCUGCUGAUUAUCGAGUAUGCGAAGAACUUGACGUAUAGCAAUUUGCAUGCCAGCAUGAUCGCGUUGUAUGGGGGGCGCGAGCGCAGUUCGGCCGAGUGGCGGCUGCUGGCGCAGGUGUGUGGGUUGGAGGUGAGCUGGGAGCAGUAUGAGAUGGCGGGGGAGUCGCUGGUGGAGAUGCGCCGGGCGUAG